UUAUGGAAUUUCUCCCAAUGUUGACGUUUUCCAUUGGCGUCUGAAAGAAUUGCCAUCUUAUGCACAAAGUACAUGUGGUUUUUAAAAGCAGAAACCAGCGAUUCGCACUGAAAUUGUAACUGAAAACUACGUUGUCAUGGUUGUGAUGAGACCAAGUUUGUCAUGUUGAGUAUAGACGCGAGUCGUCCUUGGCCUGCUGAUUAUGUUGAGCUGUGAUUUUGGAUUUUUGAUUAGCAGGAUGCAGUCGAUGGAUGUCCUUGGAGCUAGAGACGGUUACAUCAGUGAUGAGGAAUUUCCCCCGUUGGCCGAGUUACCCCCGCUGUCACCCACCAGGAAUGACUUAGACCUCUUUGCGGAGAACACAAACAAUGCCUCAGACAACAGAGGUGAUGAGGACAAGGAGAACGAAGGAGAUAAACAACGUCCCCAUAGGCUCGUCAACAGGAAGCCCCAGCCCAAACUGGACGCCGUAAGACUGUGUUCGGACAGAGGCCUUCCCAUGCUGAGCAAGCACUUUGAGCAGGUUAAGUUCAAGGGCAAAGGUCAUGAGGUGGGUGACCUGAACCGCCUGAUGUCCACUAUGGAGCAUUGGGCACACCGGCUCUUCCCCAAGAUGCCAUUUGACGAGGUCAUCGACAGGAUUGAGAAGUUGGGGAAGAAGAGAGCUGUCCAAACGUGCAUCAAGAAGAUCCGUCUCGACAUGCCGCUGAUGGAUGAGGACUUUGUGGAGCCAGAAGGAGGUACAGAUGCUGCUGGUACUGAUGUUGCAAACGACCGUGUUGGUGAUGAAGACGAGAUGGACACAUUCAGCCAGUUUGCCGGCCAGUUGUCACAACCUGUCGGUACUCCGACAAACGCCAAUGUUUUGCUAUCAGAAGAGCAGCGGGAGAGAAUGGAACAGAACAAACGUCGGGCCAUGGAGCGACGGAAGUCAAAGGGUCAAGCCACUCCGGCCAGCGACGAUUUGGGCAUCACGACCGAUGAACUCCAAGACCUGGAGAGGUACCACGCCAACGAUGAGGACAUGGAGAAGGAACUGUGGAACGACAUCGCCAUGUUUGAAGCUUCCCAGCGCAACAUUUGGAAGGUCUUGCCCAGGAAAACGAACGGACAUCCCCAGAAGGAGACUGAUUCAACGCAGAUGCCUGCCAGAAAGCAAAUGGGGACUGGCGGGAGAGAAGACAUUAAGGGAAUUUCAAAAGACAUCAUCGUCAUCGAUGAUGAGGUUUCAGAGGAUGAGGCAGACCAGAUGCAAGGAGUCAAGGAAACGAGAGCCUUGGAAACCACCGACAUCAAUGAGGCAGGAGGUCCAGGUGAUGGAAUGAUGACAGAUUCAAGGCAGAAUGUUAUCGACCUGGAUGCUGAUGCUUCAGAUAAAGAAGGAAGAACAUCGGCGGGAGAAAAGAGAGAUGAAGUCGCGGAGACAAUUGAUGGAGACUGGGAAGAUGAAGGGAAAGGAAGUCAAGAUGAAAUGAAGGACGAUGGAGAGGGGAACAGAAGCUCAGAUUUGGUUCUGAAGUGGGACUCAGAGUCAGCUGACGAGAGCACGACUGUUCUUGAGCCGAGCGAUGAAGCCGGGGCUAAAGUAACAGAGACGACAAAUGACACCGAGUUUGGGGAGACCCAUGUCCACCGAGCUCCUGCUGAAGAUGGCCAAGACAUUGCAGAGUUGCCCUCCAGCAAAGGUCAGGAAGCAGGAGCAUCUCGGGAUUCUCCAGAAGACAAAAUCAGCCAAGAUAGCGCCGGCGAGACAGUCUCAGAAUCCAGAUCGGACGGAGAGGUAGGCAAACCUGUCGGCGCUAAUGUGGUAACUCUUGAGAAUGGAACUGACAGGGAAGGGGAGGAGGUUGGUUCCACUGAACAAGACACAGUGGAAGACAUGGAAACUGAGUGAUUCCCUUUGUCGAAAGAAAAUUUACUCCCAACUUCCCUUGACAUAUAAGGAAUCUUCUUGCUUACCUCCAAGUCUUCCACUAUGUAGGAAACCAAAAGUUCAUUUUUCUAAUUUAACUUUAAAGGAUACUAAGUCUCAUUUAAAGGAUCCAUGAAACAAUUUUUUUCUUAGGUGUACAAAAACUGCUUGAAAUCUGUCUGAAAAGUGCACUUGUUUAAACAUUGAAAAUGAGGGCGCUGUUGCUGGGAUGUACAUCAGGUAAGAGAAUGUUCCGUUGAUGUACAUUCCUGUCAAAGUUGACCAAAACGUUCUUUGAAAAUAUUUCAGAAAAAUAAUUGAUCACUGGCGUAGUGGCGUAUACUUUGCCAGAUAAAAUACAUGUAUAACAUAUUCCAGACAAAGUUUUUUUGCACACAAAUCAGUGCAGUGCCCAGAAGGACAUCGCAGUUUUGCUCAUGAAUGUGCAAAUUUUUAUUAGCAGAGAACCCCCAAAAGUUUCCAAUUACACACUGAAAUCCAAAUAACAACUCGGAACUGAGACACAAAGGUGAAAGUUUCAGGGUUGUAACAUUAUUAUGAUUACAUUGUAUCUUUAAAGCCACAGUGGGCACAAAAAUAAAGGCACAAAAAUAAAGGCACAAAAUCUUCCAGAAUUUUUGAACUGAUUUUCAAGGAUCUUGGAUAUGUUUUGUGAAGUCUGUAUAGUUCAUCGUGAUACUGAAAAGAAAGAUGAAAAUUACAUCCUGCUCCCUUCUCAUAUUCUGAAAAUGUAUCCUUUGUAGUAUUUCAUACUGAAUAAAAAUUUGAAAGCUUUUUAUUAAAGCUUUUGAUAAUUGUAAA